GCCCAAAUGAGGAGAGACGGUGCUGAAAGCAGGACUUCCCUGAUCCUCCAUCAUCUGCAGGAGGAGAAAAACACAUCCGCGCGUGCACAAACAGCCUCCCACAGACACGCACAAGCGCACAGUGCUGAGCGCUAGCAAGGAGCUUUAAACCGUUUCACCGACACUGAGACAAAAGGAUUCUAACCUGCAACAAUGGAGGAAAACAUGGAUGAAUCACAAAGCCAGAAAGGUUGCAAGGAGUGUUGUGAGCGAUGUGUGGGUAGUCUGCCCUGGGCAUCCCUCAUCGCCACCAUCCUCCUCUACAUGGGUGUGGCCUUGUUCUGUGGAUGUGGCCAUGAAGCUCUGAGUGGCACCGUCACUAUCCUCCAGAACUACUUUGAGGUCAUCCGAGGCUCUGGAGAAACUCUGGAUGUGUUUACCAUCAUUGACAUCCUGAAGUACAUCAUCUAUGGCCUUGCAGCUGGAUUCUUUGUCUUUGGAGUGUUGUUGCUGGUGGAGGCGUUUUUCACCACUGGAGCAAUAAGGGAUCUGUAUGGAGAGUUCAAGAUUACUGCAUGCGGACGCUGCCUGACUGCAUUUUUGAUGUUCCUAGCCUACCUGUUUUUCCUGGUGUGGCUGGGUGUGACAGCUUUCACCAGCCUGCCGGUCUUCAUGUACUUCAAUGUAUGGUCCAUGUGUAAAAACACCAGCGUGGUUGAGGGAGCCAACCUCUGCCUGGACCUCCGCCAGUUUGGUGCUGUGACCAUAUCUGAGGAGAGGAAGGUUUGCACAGGAUCUGAGAAGUUCUUCAAGAUGUGUGAAUCUAAUGAGCUGGACUUGACCUUCCAUCUGUUCGUGUGUGCAUUGGCUGGAGCAGGAGCUGCUGUGAUCGCAAUGGUCCAUUUUCUAAUGGCAUUAGCUGCUAACUGGGGAUACCUGAAGGAUGCCAGUCGAAUGCAGAAAUAUGAGGAUAUCAAGUCCAAGGAGGAGCAGGAGCUGCAUGACAUCCACUCUACACGUUCCAAAGAACGCCUCAAUGCCUACACAUAAACACAUGCGAUGGGAAUCAAUGCAUUCACUUACCAAACAGACACACAAAACAAUUUAUUCGCAUACAAAAACUUGCAGCACACAGUCAUGCAUACAAGGAUAGCAUAACAUAUUACACAGAGAAAAAGAAAAAUACAGACCUGUGGUAGGCAGCCAAAUUGAUGAAGGAAAAACAUUGAUCUCCUCCGUGUGCUUCCAGUUGAUCUUGUGCCUUGGUGAUCAAUGCUAACAUGCUAAACAUCAGUCACAUUAAGUGAAAGUUCAUCGAAACGAUAAGAGGUGACUUCAUGAAUUCCAAUGGGGACGUUCAAUUAUCUUAAUAUUUGGUGGCUUAUAAUGAAAUCUGACCAUCUGCACUUCGCUUACAUAGUGUAAAUACAAAAUAUUUUAUGAAAAACAAACCCGACUCCUUUGCUGUUUGAGGGUAAAAGUAUUUAUGACUGUGCAUAACAGAAAACAGUCUUGAAUUGAAUAAAGAAAUAACCAUUUCAUUAAAAUGCUUCACAAAGCAUCAAAGAACAGAAUAUAUGAAAAAAAUUACAGGAGUCCCAGUAUAUGAAAACCUUUCCUUUGCAGGCCCUAGUCGUAGACUGACAGUAAAAGUGAUCUACUACAGUAUGUAGUGUUGUAGUGAAGUCCACACCAACCGAGACCAAGACUUUGAGACCCGAGAAAAUGAAGACCAAGACAAGACCAAGACUUUCAGAGGUUGAGACUGGAUAUAUCAAAGAAAAAUCACCCAAAAAAUCCCCAAUACAAAAUGACAAGUUGUUUUUGACAUCCAUGGGGCGUGGCACUGGGAAGGCAACGCAUCCCCGUGUUCUGCGUUUCUCACUGAUCACAAUAGUAAUUGCCUGGUCUUGACUGGUCUUGAUUAAAAAAAAAGUCCAGAGACCGAGUCAAGAUCUAGUAAAAUUGCCUUUCAUUCCAGGAUGGGACCAAGACCCUCAAUAAGUGGUCUCAAGACCGGUAUACCAAUACCAAGCGCAAGCACUACAACACUACAAGUAUGAAUGUGCAGUACCUGCCAAUUUUACUAGACCACCUCUCAUAAAAGUGAGAAGAUGCCAUGGAGCAUCAUAAAGUGCUUACAAUGUGCAAAGUAAAUUUUGUCGAAUCUAUCAAUUUUAUUGAGCUCUCGACGGGCCGGAUGGGCUCGUUUGAGAAGUCAAAAAUGAAUCAACAAUGAUAUUCAACCAUUGAAACAAGUAAAAAGCUAUCAUUUAUAACUUAUUAAAAUGUUUUUGUUUUGUUUCAGAUUUUUAAAAAACAUUUUUGUAAGAUAUUAGAAAGUGAUAAUUCAGGGAUAAGUGAAAUUACAGAUUUGCAUUAAAAUUUUUUGUCACUUCUUCAUCAUAUUGCUGUGUUGAUGGUUAAAAAAUAUAUAUUUUAAAAAUUAGCAUCAAGGUACUUGAUACUUGAUAAAUCCUACAACUGGGUGGUGGUCUAAUUGAAAUGUUAAUAACUGUACAUGAGCUCAAUAGAAAUAAGAAAAGACCAUCACAAAUCUCUACUGCUGGCAUGACACUCGAACACAACAGUCAGCCGAAGACACACGGAAGACUUUAGUGUAUGUAAGCUCAUCUUUUCAUGGAGGGUGGCUAAUAUCAAGAUACCACCAUCAAAAACCUCAAUACCUACAAUGCACAGAUCUCUCUCUCUGACACACACAAACACACACACACACACACAAUUAAUGUGGCUGAAUGGUCAGUGUUGUGGAGGCAGUGUUAUAUGGUGGUGUCAUGGUGUGCUGUCAUUUACCCACGUCAUGACGACUGAAAUAUGGUUUACGGGGAAGUUUGAAGUAUAAAUGGGUAGCUUGACUCACUGAAACCCUGACCAAAUAAUUUCCUGACUCUCAUCCGGAGCCCAGUUUCAUCAGUUGUUUCCUAGAAAAUACUCACGUCCCGUUACAGCAAAUACAAUUACAAACCACAAAUGGCAGGCUGCGUUUUUUUUUUUUUAAAUCAACAAUCUUAUGUUUCACCCUUUCAGUGACAGCGGUUACUACAGUGGACAGCCUAUCUUGUGAUCAGGUUACAGAUUAUCAUUAUUGAUGCAUGAAAGGGUUACUAGUUAGUCAAUGAGAUGAAUCCAAACAUAUAUCGUCCACUUAAGCUAGAAACAUAUGCUUGUAACUUGAUAAUAGAUGUGUUAUUACUGUGUUUAUAUUCGAUACAUAUAGUCUGACUCACUCGGUUCACAAUUAGCACUUAUGCCAGCUGAUCAUUUGAAACAACUGUGAAAUUGGACUCUUUUCCCCUUCCUCUCUGACAAUGUUUGUGUCAACUUGUGAUUUGUACUCCAGAAACAGCACAUCUUAGCAGCACAAAGUCUUUGAAAAUGUCAUGUCAGUGUCAUAUUAAGACGACAUUUUUUUUUUCACUUUUUCAAAUGUUUGCCACAUUUUUACCAGCAUCGUUCAUGUGUAAUUUUAAUAUCGGGGUACAUGCAAAGAGAAGUGGUGUCGUGGGAUGCGGGUGGGCGUCGAUGUCACAUUCACGUUUUCCUGUGAAUCUGCACAUAGAACUACACAAAAACAAAAAACACGUACACGUGUCAACACCAGUCAUUGUGAUACUUUUAUUCUAUGGUUUUUUUGCUCUCAUGUUCACUCAUUUGUGUCUGUGUAACAGGCUACAAUUAUACCAAAAUUGCUCUUUUGUCAUGAAAUGGAUUUCGAUCGUCACUAGAACAGGCAACACGUCAUCGGUAUCAAGAAGAGAUAACUGGGAAAGGGAUCUCGGCUAGUUAAUAGUGGCUUUAUUGUGGCUUUCUAAGUAAGUGUUUUUCCAGUCCUAAAUGGAUCUUUUCAGAAGAAUAGGAACACACAUCUUUUGAGCGCCUUUAGGGGACGUGCGGUAGAGAGGCAUCACAGGAGAGGGAACCUCUUGUUAGCUUUAACAGCAAUUAUUUCCUUUGAUUUCGGGGCUCGUUUCCUUGAGCAUGCCACAUUAACCGUUGAUGGAUUAAGAGCCACAAUGCAGCUUUAUUCUAAUCACGAGGCAUGUUUUGUUCGUAUUAAGUGGGGAAUCUAAUUCGUAAAAAUGAUUGUAUGAUUCUAAUAAGCUCGGAGGGAAUGUGAGUCUCUAUCUGCCAAUAGAGAUGGUCUAAAGAGUAAUGAGAUGCUAUAUUGUUGAGAUGAGGACGAUUGAUUAAUUAAUAGAUUGAUGAUGAGGCAACCAGCAGAGAAACACACACACACAUACACACACACACACACAAAGUCCACUAUUGCCAUCACUCUGAGCCAUAACUGUGCUCUUUUACUGUUCAAAGUAACAUUUCACUAUUUUAUUAAGAACUUUGAAUCCUAUUUUUGUCAAAUCAUAAUUACAGAAGGGUGUCCAAAAAAAAGGGGGAAUUAA